UUUUUUUUUUUUUAAUUAUAGUUGGAGUAGUUGGGAUUCUGAUCCGAUUCAAAGAAGAAAGCAAAUGGAAAAAUAAAACUUUGAUACAAAAGAAAAAUAAUAAUAAUGAUGUAUUGAUCUACUUUUUCGAAAUCUGUUUCAAGCUUUUUUUAUUUGUCCGUUUUGAGAUUAUAUUUAAAUCCCCAAACCCUUUUUAUCAUGUACUUGGCCAAUUAGCUAUUCCUCUAGAAACACACUGUAUCAGAAACAGAAGCAAAAAUACUCCCACUAUUUAUUAUUUGUUUUUAAAACCCUCAGUACUCAUAAUGGAUCUGGUUUAACUUUCCACAGAGUGUUUUAACAAGAACAAAAUGGAAACUGAGAAGCCUAGCUCCAGAGGGCAAGCAUGGUCAGAUUAUGGUUCUGCACUACUGGUUUGCCAAGUGACAUUAUAAUAGAAGUUGAAGAUAUGACCUUCCAUCUCCACAAGUUUCCUUUGAUGUCAAAAAGUAGAAAACUUCACCAGCUAAUAACAGAACAAGAAGCAAACACCCAAGCGACAGAAGAAGGAGACGAAGAAGAAGAAGAACAUGAAAUCGAAGAAGUUCACUGUCAGAUUUCCCUUCCGGAAUUCCCGGGCGGCUCGGAAACAUUCGAAAUGGCAGCCAAGUUUUGCUACGGCGUCAAAAUCGACCUCACCUCAGCCACCGUUGCACCUCUCCGUUGCGCCGGAGAGUUUCUCGAAAUGACAGAAGAAUACUCUGAAGACAAUCUAAUCUCCAAAACAGAACGGUUUCUCUCUCAAUCUGUACUCAAAAGUCUCAAAGAAUCAGUAAAAGCAUUAAAGUCAUGCGAGAAAGUAAUGCCUUUAUCAGAAACCCUCAACAUUACACAAAGAUGCAUCGAUUCUAUUACCUGUACAGCCUCCACUACUGAUCCUGCUCUGUUUGGCUGGCCAGUUACCGAUAAUCCAACAAUUGAAAAUAAAGCAACAUCGAAUCAAGCCUUAUGGAACGGAAUCGAAUCGGCUGUCCGAAGAAAAGGAGCCGUCGCCGCUGGUAGAGGUAGCAUUAAUGCAGACUCGUGGCUUGAACAUUUAUCGCUUCUAAGUUUGCCUUUGUUUAAACGAUUGAUUCUGGCCAUGAAAGCGAGAGAUCUGAGUCCAGAGAUUAUAGAAACCUGUUUAAUGUACUACGCGAAGAAGUACAUUCCAGGCAUUACAAGAUUGAACAGGAAACAAUCUUCUUCAUCUUCUUCUUCAAUAGCAUCAGAGAUUGAACAGAGAGAACUACUAGAAACAAUAAUUUCUUUUCUUCCAUUACAGAAAAGCAGCACCAGAUCUACAACUUCAACAACAACUAGGUUCCUAUUCGGUUUAUUAAGAACCGCAAACAUAUUAAACGCAUCAGAAUCAUGUCGUUCCACAUUGGAAAAGAAAAUCGGUUCGGAACUUGAACAAGCCACGUUAGAUGAUCUUUUAAUUCCCAGCUAUUCAUAUUUGAAUGAAACUUUAUAUGAUGUCGAUUGUUUGGAGAGAAUUUUAGGUUAUUUCUUGGAUGGGAUCCAAGAAGACGAUAAUCAAUCACCGUCGUUAAUGCUCGUCGGAAAACUAAUCGACGGUUAUUUAGCUGAGAUCGCUUCCGACGCAAAUUUAAAACCUGAUAGAUUUUAUAACCUAGCGAUUUCUUUACCAGAACAAGCUAGGCUUUUCGAUGAUGGUUUAUACAGAGCGGUUGAUGUUUAUCUUAAAGCGCAUCCAUGGAUAUCAGAGACUGAGAGAGAAAAGAUUAGCGGAGUGAUAGAUUGCCAAAAGCUCACUUUAGAAGCGUGCACGCACGCGGCACAAAAUGAGCGGCUUCCGUUGCGUGCGGUGGUUCAGGUUUUGUUUUUUGAGCAGUUACAGCUCCGCCAUGCUAUUGCCGGAACACUGAUGGCAGCGGAGGAUCCAGCAAGACCGUCAGUGUUGAGGCGUGAACAAGAAGAGGUGGAGGUGGAGGUGGAGGUGGACGAGGGAGGAGCAGUGACGGUGGCGGGACAUGAGAAUAAUAGCAGUACGUGGAGAGCAGCAGUGAGAGAGAAUCAGGUGUUGCGACUAGAUAUGGAUAGCAUGAGGACGCGGGUGCAUCAGCUGGAAAGAGAGUGUUCAACGAUGAAGAAAGUAAUUGAGAAGAUUGAUAAGGAGGGUCCACGUGGAUGGAGAGGGUCGAUAACGAGGAAGCUUGGGUGUAAGUUCAAGACUCAAGUGUGUGAUUCUCAUGAAUCAACGGUGGUAAAUGUACGGAAAGGGAGGCAGCAGCAUCAUCCUCAUCAUCACCAACAAUAGACUUUCUUGUACGUAUUUCUUGAGUGAGAGUUCCAUGAUUUGUUGUUAUGGUGCCUGCUACCGGCACUGUGGCCAUAAUGCCUUGAAUAAUUUGCAAACCGUUGGAUGUAAAAAAAAUUCAAUCUCGACCGUUGCUCUUUUGAAAGGGUGAAUAGAUGUUGAAAAUAUGGAAAAUUCUAGCA